AUGUCUGACUCCGUCGUCGCUGUCGUCGCCCCCGUCGUUGCUGCACCGGCACCCGCCGCUGUCGCCGCCGCUCCGGUUGCCAAGAAGACCAACGCCCCGAAGGCUCCGAAGGCCGCCAAGAUUCCAAAGGCCAAGACUCCAUCGUCGCACCCGCCAUACAUCUCGAUGAUCCAGUCCGCCAUCAAGCAACUCAAGGAUCGCAAGGGAGCUUCGAAGCAGGCUAUCCUCAAGUACAUCUCGCAGAACUACAAACUCGGAGACAAUGUGAUCCAGGUAAGAAACACUACCUCUAGUAGUCCCCUAGUAUCCGUAUUUUUCAAAGACACAAAUUAAUUUCAUUCUUCUUUCAGAUCAACUCCCACCUUCGACAGGCCCUUAAACGCGGAGUCGUCAGCAAGGCUAUCGUUCAGGCCGCCGGAUCCGGCGCCAACGGUCGCUUCAAGGUGCCAGAGAAGACCGCCCCAGCCACUACUGCCGUCAAGAAGAGUGCCCCAGCCCCGAAGAUCGCCGUCUCCAGAAAGAUCACCGGACCACAGGCUGCUGUCAAACCGAAAAAAGCCGCCGCCAAGCCGAAGAAAGCUGCUGCUGUUGCUGGUGCUAAGAAGACCAAGAAGGCCGCCUCGCCAAAGAAGAUCGCCAAGCCUGUCGCCAAGAAAGCCAAGAAGCCAGUCACCCCGAAGAAGGCCGCUGCUCCGAAGAAGGCCGUUGCUGCCAAGCCGAAGAAGGCUGCCGCUAAACCAGCCGCCGCCAAGGCCUAA